AUGCUUCUCGUAAUUGCCACGUGGCUUCUGCUUGUAGACGUGGCAAAUGCCAACAUGAGUUGUCUGGUGAUGAGACCAGGUUACGGAUUAGUGACUGAAGAUUGCCCGACACAUGCUGUGGGAUGUCGAAUCAGAGCCAAAAAGGACCAUAUAGAAUGGUAUGAACUUUCUCGUCUCUACGAUCGUAACCAACUUGUCUGUGUAUAUCCAGAGGAGUACAAAUCAAUGACAGGAUGUAUGAGAAAACCAUCAGGAAGUAUUCGAUGUUGGUGUGGUGGACGUGAAAAUUGUAAUGAUCCAGAGACAAGUCGAGAUUUGUAUGAAGCAUUCACUGAAGGAGAUAAUGAUGCAGUUGAUAAAAUUUCUGAAUGGUUGAAAUCAGAAAAAGAUGAAAGUUCAUGGAAAAAGUUUACAACAACCGAGGAACCUCUUGAAACUACAACUACAAAGAGAAUAAUUACAACCCCAAAACGAACGACUUUAAGAAAAACAACGACUACAACGACGACUUCAACCACAUCUACCUCGACAACUACUACUGAAAAACCAACUACAGCUACAACAACUGCCAGAGUAACCCCGAAAAAGUCAACAAAACGAAUUGGUACAGGAACAACUGCACAUCCUCCACUCUUCCCAAAAGAUGCAUCAAAAGCGCGUGUUAUUAAUAUUGUUGAUAUUCGUAACAAGGGUGUUCCACUUCCAAACGACGAUAUCUCACUUGAUGACACAUUUGAGGAGACACGCAGAAAAUUGGAGAAAGAAAUGAAAGAAGAGAACGAACGAUUGAGGGAAAUGCUUGCAGAUGAAGAGGAAGAAAAUUCUAAUGAUAUUUCGGAUAUUGAUGAUGAUGAUGGUAUUACUGCUGAAGAGCAGAGGGAAGAAGAACGGGAAAGAUAUCGAAUGGAGAGAAGACGCGCUGAAGAACGACGUUUGCAAGAGGACACAAUUCUGCGACGAAUCGAAGAGGAAGAAAUCCGUGAAGCAGAUAAGGAUCGACCGAAUCGACGAGAAGCUGAUGAGGAUAUGUAUGGAAGUGAUUUUGAAAACUCUACUGGUAGCACUUCCCUUCUCGUUUCUGUAUUUUCUGCUGUUUUAUUAUUGCUGGUUUAGUAUUUAGAAACACUUUUUUUGAAGAUUUACAUAAGAAUAUCUCGAUUUUUGAUAUUUUUUAGAGAUUUCUUUUUCACUUGUUUCUUCGUGCACUUAUAUUAGGCCACUAAUUGAUGUUUCAAUUUCAACGAACCUAAUCUCUUCUUAAUGUUCUCUAUUAUCUGGUUCUCAACUGCUUCCUCCGUUCCUCUCUCUCGUGAUACUGGUGCUCCGCAUUCUGCUUGUUUCUUUUUUAAAUAUGAAUUUCUUAUUCGAUUCAUUGAUAUUUUGAUAAUAAAGUUAUCGCUUUUUCU